AUGGCGAGGCGUCUCCAGAGGCCGCCCGCAAGCGCUGGAGAGCGCCGGACUCAACUGACAUCUGUCCAUCAGGGUGCCUCAGCGCUUACCCUUUUGCCGUGUCCCCUCGGUUCGCUUCCUCGCGCUUCUCUUUUGCUGGCGUGGACCGCUACCCCGCUCUCUCGCUCAUCCACGUGCUUCGCCACGUCUUCUCUCUCGUUCCUCUCCUGGUCUUCUUCGGUCUCUGGCGUGUCUGCUCGGCUCUCCUCAACCUUGGCCUCCACGCAUUCUGCGUUGCCUGGCGCACCUUCCACGUCGUCGUCUUCCAGGGGGUCGGCUCGUCGUGCGUCUCCCGCUUCGUUUUCGUCCGCGCGCACCCGCUCCUCGUGCAGCCACCCCUCUCGCAUCCCGCGGCGGUGUACCGCUUUGUCUUUGGGGCGUUUCCGGGAGUCCAGACUCUGGGAAACUUCCACGCAAGACGGUACGAGGGACUGCAGCAGGAUCCAAGAUCCGUCCUCGUUGCCGGUCCUCUCCUCUCGUCUCUCGACUGGCCUUUGCCGCUCGUUUCCUCACUUCCAUGCUUCAUCCUUCGCCUCGCCUGCUCUCUCCCACUCUUCAGCUUCGUCUUCUCGCCUGCCGGGUUCUGUUUUUUCGUCUCCGUCCGGCGUCGCGUCUUCUCGCGCUCCGCCGCCCCUGAGUCUGACGCGGCUCUUCUCGUCGCUGAGCUCCGCACCCUGGAGCGGUUCGAGGCCGCCGACGCCCAAGGCGAGCGCGCAGCGUCGCCCUCUGUCUGUGGACGAGAGAUCCUUGCGACUCCUCCCCUUAUUGCGCGCGUGUGUGCUGCACAGGCUCUUUACCUCGCUAAAGAGGCAAAUGUCUAUACCGUGGAAGAGCUGCAGCGAAUCAUUAUGCAGUCACCUUCCUUCUCACCCGGCAAAGAUCCGAUCCUUCUGGAGAACUUUUUCAACACGGCUGAAGAAGACGAGUCUGAACUCACGGCGCAGGCCGCUGGCGGCGAGGAGGGUCUGGAAAGUGCUGAAGGCCUCGCGUCGUGGAAGGCGAUCGAGAAGGAAGCGAUCAGCAAGCGACAAGGAACUCCGCCGAGGGUGCUCUGAUUUCGGGGGCGAUUGUGCGGGCCUUCAACCCCGAACGCAUGAAAGUGAGAGAGACGCGAACGUUUUCAUACACAACGGCUCGGAGUGGCUGUGGCAGGCUGAGGGAACGGGAACCAGAAAGCGCGCAGCUGCGCACGUCAUUAUACGCCGAGGCACGGGCCAGGUGCGAGUGAACAAGGACGAGGACCUGUAUGUGCGGUGGCCGUUUUAUUACAACCGCAUGGAUGUUCUUCAGCCGUUUUACUUGACGGGAACUGCAGGCAUUUAUGAUCUUUUCAUUCACGUGCGCGGCGGCGGGUCCUCGGGACAGGCUGGGGCGGUCCGCCUCGCUGUGGGCCGCGCGCUGGUUAACGCCUGUCCUGCAUGCGCUUCGCGUCUCGAGGAAGACAUGGUUCUGUACGAGGACACGCGACAGCGGAUGCCCAAGAUGCCUGGCAGAAUGAAGGCUCGCAAGAUGCGGACCUGGACGAAGCGAUGA